UCCAGCAUCAAUCCAUUUCUUACACUUUUACAUACCCGAGAAUCUUCUCUGAAUUUACACUUUUCUCGUAGAUUUUUGGACAUAAGACUUGGCCAAAGAUACAUAUUUAUCAGAGACUUGAACAUAAGAUGUAGGUUAUUUGGCAAGUCACAGAUUCUUGCGAGGACAGAAUACCAAUAGCCUACCUGAGAAAACCUAAGGAAAAAAAGUCCUCUACACACAAGAGGGCACAGAAAAGAGACAUGGAUAAUUGGAGUCAGCUUCAAUCAGCAAACUCCAUUGACGUCAACCUUGGUCACUCACACAAUCACCAUGCCAAGCCAUCAGACUUUGAAAUCCUGGCUAUAAUUGGGAAAGGAACAUUUGGGAAGGUUCUUCUUGCCAAACUGAAAUCCGACAACAAGUUCUUUGCUGUGAAAGUGCUGCAGAAAAAAAUCAUACUGAGGAAAAAAGAGCAAAAGAACAUCAUGGCAGAGAGGAAUGUGCUGCUCAAGAGUAUGAAACAUCCCUUCCUGGUGGGGCUCCACUACUCCUUCCAGACCCCAGAGAAGCUCUACUUUGUCAUGGAUUACGUCAAUGGAGGAGAGCUUUUCUAUCACCUUCAGAGAGAGCACUGCUUCUCAGAGCCAAGGGCUCGCUUCUACACGGCUGAGUUGGCCAGUGCCAUCGGCUACUUACACUCGCACAACAUUGUUUACAGAGACUUGAAGCCUGAAAAUGUACUGUUAGACUCUGAGGGCCAUGUUGUGUUGACUGACUUUGGCUUGUGUAAAGAGGGGAUAGACCCGGAGUCCACCACCUCCACUUUCUGUGGAACCCCAGAGUAUUUGGCUCCGGAGGUGUUGAAACAGCAGCCCUAUGACCACACGGUAGACUGGUGGUGUCUGGGAACUGUACUUUAUGAGAUGAUAUAUGGGCUGCCCCCCUUCUAUAGCCAGGAUAUGUCUGAGAUGUACGACAACAUCCUCCACAGGCCCUUGAGUGUGCCAGGGGGGGCCAGCUCUGGGGCGUGUGACCUGCUGAUGGGCCUCCUACAGAAAGACCAGCAUCGCAGGUUGGGUGCUAUCGCAGACUUCCUCGAAGUUAAAAACCAUACUUUUUUCUCGCCGAUAAACUGGGAUGACCUUUACCAUCGGAGAAUCAAACCUCCGUACAACCCCAACGUGAAAGGCCCAGCAGACAUGCAGCAUAUUGAUCCAGAGUUCACCAAAGAGAUGGUGUCAGGCUCUGUGGGGGUUACCCCUGAAUUCUCCAACUUAUCAACCAGCAGCCCAAAUGCUUUCACUGGCUUCUCCUAUGUCUCCAGUGAUGACAACUUCCUCUAGGACAUUCAGAUUCUACAUUGCUGCCACCCAAAAGAACCAAACGUCUCCCGCCCACUUUGUUAAAAUGCACCCCUAAUGCAUUGGCUCUUCGAUUACUUUGUAAUUGUAUUUGUAAAGCUAUUAUUGUAUCUCAUGCAGAAAUGAACAAUGCAAAUAAAGAAAAACAAUGCAAAUAUGCUUUCAAGGCAAUGAUAGAUAAAUCAUUCCCUGAAAUAUAUGAAUGGGGAGUUAAUUGUUAACAUGUGGCAUCAGUUUGGAUGUUAUAAUAAAUAUUUGGUUCUGUUAUUUGUGGGUUUACCAUGCAUAUCUCAAGAAAAUCAUUGAAAAUCUGUAUACUUCAAUAUGUAUAUGGUAGCCUCAGAAAUAAACAGAAUGAGGUGACCAGAUUUUGGAAAUGAAAAACCGGGAUAUUUUUGUAGCACAAAAUAUAUAUGAUACAUUAAAAAAAAAGUAAUUUAACUACAUUUAGGCUAAACUGUUUGGACACUACAGACGACUUUGUGAGAAGACUGAUUUUCAGGAUGUUUCAUGGUCUGACACCGUUCUAGCUCUGCCACCUUUCACCACAGAUGUGAAAUUGUUACAUAGGCCGUUGUGGUGGAUUGAGAUGCAUCCAAUGAAGAAAAGAAAUGAAUAUCGCUUGCUUAAAACUGGCAGAUUUUUAUGGGGAUUAUUUUAUUAGGCUAUGCUGAACAAAAAUAUAAACGCAACAUGCAACAAAUUCUAAGAUUUGACAAAGUUUCAGUUCAUAUAAGCAAAUCAGUCAAUUGAAAGAAAUUCCUUAGGUGAAGGUGCAGGUGAAGAAGUUUGAUAUGGAGGUCCUGGGCUGGUGUGGUUACACAGGGUCUGUGGUUGUGAGACCGGUUGGAUGUACUGCCAAAUUCUCUAAAACAACAUU